AUGGAGAGCAUUAACACCAACGAAGCGAUGGAGAGCAUUAACACCAACGAAGCGGUGGUCGACUCGACCGGUCCAUCAGGAGCCGGCACUUCCAGCACAUCCAACGACAAAGUCAUAACAGAGGAAACCGAUUUAGCCGUCGAAGCACUGAAUCACUUAAAUCAAGGGAAAAGACAUCUUCUCGUAGAAGACUAUUCAUCGGCGGUAUUGAGUCUUCAGGAGUCGUGUCAGCUCUUCGACCAUAGGUUUGGAAUCGGCGCCGAAGAGUGCGGUGAAGCCUAUCUUUAUUACGGAACCGCUCUCUUAGAGUUGGCCCGACUUGAAGACGGACUCUUCGAUGGUGUCGUUCACACCAAAUUGGCCGAUGUGUCCGAGACUGAAGACGAAGAAGAAGCCGAUGACGAGGAAGGAGACGGAGAGGGAGAGGGAGAGGGAGAAGCAGAGGAUGAAUCACAAGAUUCUCAAACCAAAACCGAAGACAAGAAAACGGAUACCGAAGAGGAUAUCGAAGAUUCGGACGAAGAGAAGAGAAAACUGAGAGAAAAGUUAGAAAAUGAAGCGUCGGUUGUGAUUGCGUCGAGUGCGAGCGCCGACACGGAAGCGCCCGAAUGUGUUGCCUCUACUUCUAAGGGCGAGACCAGUGCUGCAGACAAGGGAGAGGACACCGAAGACGACGCCUCCAAUAUAGAGGUCUCGUGGGAAGUGCUGUCUUUGGCAAAGGCUGUGUUCUUGAGAUAUAUCGAUAAGAAUGACAAUAAACUGAAAUUAUCGGAAACAUUGCAAAAGUUGGGAGAAAUCAGUAUCGAGUGGGAGAACAAUCAGAAUGCCAUCGAAAUCCUCUCCGAAUGUCUGACUUUACGUAAAGAAGUUCUCGCAGAAGACGACCGACUCAUUGCAGAAACUUACUAUCAGUUGGGAAUCGCAUACUCUUUUAGUAAUGACAUCCAAAACGCUAACAAUUGUUUCCAAAGUGCUAUUCAAGUGAUUGAGACGCGAAUUGCGAACCAAAAGUUAAGAUUAGUGACGCUUAGCGCCGAUGACUUGGAGACCACUGAGAGAAUAAAGCGAGAGUUGACUCAAUUGGAGAAUUUGUUACCAGAAAUGAGAGUCAAAAUCGAGGACUCAAACGACCAAAUGAUUAAUACUAAGGAAGGACUCGAACGCCAAGAGAGCGAACGCAUCGCUGAGGAGGCCAUCGCUGUUAAGAACCAAGAGAUCAAAGACAAACCAAUCACUGAUAUAUCGCAUCUCAUCAAACGAAAGCGACAAAACUCUGGUUCCGAAAGCAAUUCGAAGAAGGUUUGUACGAAUGGACACAAUAAUGGCAAUCAUAGCACUGAUAAGACUACUGAUGAGACUCUGUCUGCCAAUUAAGUGAACACUUCUCUCUUAUAUACACCACUUCUUUGUAAAUCCAUUCAACGUUUGCAUAUAUUUUAUUCUGUAAUCGAC